AUGAGAGAAUUGGUCGUGCUACUUAUUGGACAAUGUGGAAAUCACACAGGAGUUAAGUUCUGGGAAAUGAUAGCUGAUGAGCAUGGUGUUAAUCCAAAUGGUGUUUUCCGUGGAGAAUCCGAUCUCCAACUUGAACGCAUGAAUGUCUAUUUCACUGAAGCAGUUGGAGGACGGUUCGUUCCCAGAUGCGUUCUAAUGGACCUUGAUCCAAGCUCAAAAGACGCAGUUCGAGGCACGCCUUACGGUCAGCUUUUCCGUCCAGCAAACUUUGUUUAUGGUCGAUCUGGAUCAAGCAAUAACUGGGCCAAAGGCCGUUACACUGACGGUCUAGAAUUACUGGAUACCGCGCUGGAUAUCAUUCGCAAGGAAGCUGAAGGUUGUGAUCAACUUCAAGGAUUUCAGAUAAUUCAUUCGAUUGGCGGAGGUUGUGGUUCAGGAAUGACUACUGCGGUUAUGGAUCGACUACGCGAAGAAUGGCCUGAUAGGAUUUUUAAUAACUUUACAGUUUUCCCAUCACCUAAGGUCUCAGAUGUGGUAGUUGAACCGUACAACAGUAUUUUUACUCUCGACUACCUCAUAGAAAACAGUGAUCUCACUGUAGUUCUUGACAACGAGGCUCUUUACAACAUAUGCCACAGUGUGCUCAAAAUCAACAGUACCUUUGGUGAUCUUAACUACCUUAUUUCAAGUGCCAUCGGCGGAAUUACAACUUGUUUCCGAUUUCCUGGUCAACUGAACUCUGAUCUUCGUAAACUUACAGUUAACCUGGUCCCAUUUCCUCGAAUACACUUUGUGGCUCCAUCCUUUGUUCCACUGGCAAGCCGGGAUAAUCGAGCUUAUAAAUCUCUAACUGUUCCAGAACUUGUUCAGCAAAUGUUCGAUGCCAAGCUCCUCAUGGCUGCAUGUAAUCCACUUCAUGGACGAUAUCUGACCUGUGCAGCAGUUUUCCGUGGAAGAUUAAGUCCAGCUGAAGUCGAGGAAAUGAUGAUGAAUACACAGGAAAAGAAUUCACAGAACUUUAUUGAAUGGAUUCCAAACAACUGUCAGACAGCUAUGUGUGACAUCCCACCACGAGGCAUGAAAAUGUCCGCAACAUUCAUGGGAAAUACUACAGCUUUGAGUGAAGUUUUUGAACGACUUCAGAGGCCUUUUGCAGCAAUGUAUGCAAGAAAAGCGUAUAUUCAUUGGUAUACGGGUGAAGGAAUGGAAGAGGAAGAGUUCAGAAGCACUGAAUCAAAUGUUCUUGAUAUUAUUAGUGAAUACCAACAGUACCAAGUGGCGGAACCAUAG